AUGGAAGAAAGAAAAGGUUCAGGAAAAGCAAAAGGGGAAAGUGCUUUUGGAGGUGCUCAGCCAUCUCUUAGCGGCCUUGUUCAAAUGGGUAUCGGCCACAAAUCAAAAGAAUACGGCAGAUGGGGUCUAUAUUCCGCAAAAGCUGAAAUAGUUCUUUAUGAAUUACGCCAAGCUUUAUAUUGGCAAACAAUCGUAGAACUUUUCCUAACAUUUUUAUGCUUUCUGAUGCUCUUGACUGGAAAUGGUUUUCAGUUUAUUUUCCAUUUCGUUCAUGGCAUCAGACCCUACUUUGCUUAUCUUACAAUUCAAACUCUUCCAAAAUCCUAUAGUAUCCUUGAAGGCCUCCCAGAAGAUCUAAAACAAGUCAACCAAGACAUUCAGACGAAACUUUUUGAUGAAUUUAAAUAUUGUUCAGCACCACUUACAAAAUAUUUUAUUGUGUCUAUGUGUGGUUUGCUCCUAGAUUUGCUAACAUUGUUAUACGAUGUCAAAAAGAUGGAUGGAGAUGAACUUAGUGCAGCCUUUUUCUUGUUUGCUGCCUUUAUUUAUGUUUCUUUUGACUUAUUUUUACCUUUGUGGUAUUACACUCUUAAAUUCAGCUUCCCAGAGGAUAUUUGGGUAAAUUUAACUAAGAUAGCAAAUGGUACUUUUGAAGAAGCGACCGCUUACGUUAAAAACUCACUAGACCAAAUGCAGCAAUCACUCAAAUAA